CUGUUUAAAUUAUUUGUAAAAGUUUAAUUAAUAUAAGCAUUUGUAGUAUGGUUUGGUAGGAACCAUCACUUAGCUGAACUUAUGCAGGUUUAUUUCUUCAACGUUUUGUUAGAAUUAAGUAAUCUACUUAUCAGUCAACUGCUUAAUCUUUCGAAUUAAAUGUUUGUGUGGUUUUCUAUUGUUAGCUAAAAGUCAAGUGCAAACUUCAGCUUAGCUAACUGAGCAGACAGGCAGACUGAGACACAGAGCGCAUGCGCAGUAGAUGAGUUAACGAGAUUCGUUAAGCGUUUGAGACGGAGUCGGACGGUUUAUAAAAUUUAACACACCGGUGUUUUAGGUGCAUUUAAACAGGAGAAAUUAAAAAAUGGCAUCGAAAUGGUCAAAGAGAGGCAAAUAUUCAUCGCCUGAACCCAAAGAGCAACUGCCUCGUUGGGAAGAGGAGCAAGAUGAUUGCUGUAACCCUGACAAGUUGCUCCUCUGCCCUUAUGACGCUAAUCAUAAAAUCCGCGCAUGUCGCCUUCCCUACCAUCUCAUCAAGUGCAGGAAGAACAAUCCUCAGCUGGCCAGUCAACUGUGGACAUGCCCUUUUAAUGCUCGUCACCUUAUGCCUAAACACGAGCUGUCUGAUCACAUGUCUACCUGCAUCAAUAGGAGCUCCAUAAACACAGAGUAUGUGGUAGCUGAUGAGACCCAGCACAAAUUACAGGUUCCUGUCAGCACCUGGACUAAUCCUGUGUGUAAUGAAGACUGGGACCAAGAGGAGGAAGAGUCAGGAUCACCAGCAACACCAUUUGUCUGGGGCAUUUCAACUUCUCAACUCAGCCAAGACAGGCCUGAGCCAGCUACGACCCAUAGUUUGACCCCUGGUGUCAGAGCCCCAAGAGUUCUUCCCUGGAAACUGGACAUGUAAAGGCAAAGUUCUCUCUUGCAAUAUGCUACACUGAUUUGCAGAU